CAGUCACAAAAUUACUUUAUAAAAUACCCAGAUACAGCAAAUUUUCCAAGAACUUUUUGUUAUUUACAGAUUUUAGAAUUAAUUAAGUUGAUAUAUAUGUUUUAAAAAUCCUUUGUAAAACUCUGAGGGAUGAUAUGUAUGGAAGGAAAAAGUUUGCGAAAAUUUCAGAAAUUAAUCUUUCGCAGAGCGCUUUAAUCUUUGAAGUUUUCAGACGUUACAUCAAGGCAAAAUAACAACAUAGUUCUAAAGUCAUGAGUAAAGUAAAUACCUUUUUUGUACAAUGUACAUGUUAGAUAGAAUAUUUUUUAUGCAAAAAAAACUUUAUAAACUUAUCAUUUAAACAUUAUUAUUCGUUUUUAGAAUAUUCGACUUAAACAGAAUUAUGAAAUUUCAGAAUAUAGUAUAUUUAUUGUUGUGUACUUGUUGACUUAAGAUCCCGAAUAUUCCGAAGGACCUGCCCAUUAUCGUUCUUAAGAGCAAUUUUAGAAUUUUGACCUUCAUAAAGAGGUCUUACAUUUCAACAUAAAUGUCAAAAUAUUAGGGGAAACAAAUGGUCUUAACUACAAGCAAUUAUGAUUUUCUCUGGAACUAUAAUACCUCCUAUUAUAAUUUGUAUAUCAUAAUUAAAAUGACAAUAUCCACAAUAACUAACAGUAAAAUUCUAACCAUUUAUAAAUAGACAUCAGUCAACUGGUAAUCUUGCAUAGUUUUUACCGUGACCCGCUGCCAGAUUAAAAUUAAUAUAACGCCAAAAGCGUAACAGAGACAGGACGUUUUAAAUAUUUUAGUCUUAACUAAUUAGUGUUUAAACGUUAAUGUGCGAGUGAGAUAGUGCUAGUGGCACGCGGCCAAGAUGAAUUUGAUGUUUCGGAAGAACUUCAGCGGCGAGAAGACGGUUUCGGGGGGAGGGGGUGGGGGGAAAGCGAAAGGGGCCUUGGGGGCAGGAAGGAACGCUAAGCGGAGGGACAGGGAUCGCUAUUCAUGUAUGGAGGAACACCACUACAGAACCCACUUGUUCUUCUCAGCACCUAGGGCCAGUACCCAGUACAAUGAUGGCUCAGAAAGAUGUGGUCCUGUCAUCGGAGGUGGUAUCGGCUUGGAUCCGGAACCACCACAGCCGCUGGUGACCAGGGAACCAUCGGUGUCCCUCCUGCGAUGGGAGAAGCCAGUGACGUCCGAGCGCAGGAGGACGGAGCCGGUUUCGCUGGCCACCCUCGAGCGAGACUGCUUCGUUAUACCCGCUCAUGCCUUGGAUCGGUUCUUACCUGAUGGUGUACCGCUUCCAGUGCCGCCCCCCACGCCCGAAAAGGGGAUUACGACAAAAUCUGGACAAAAUUCUCUUAGCAUCUUAGAAGUCGCGGAUCCAAAACUCUGUAUAUUAGCCCAUCUGAUGAGCCCCUUAGAACCUAUAGAGCCUAUUCUAGAAUCUCCACUUGCCAAACCUCUAAUCAGACAGAGAACUGCCGCCAUAGAGUUAUUGAGUGACGUCGCUCACGCGAAUACCGCUGUGGGUGGCAUGCUCUUAGCUAAUAUGGAGAAGAAUGCUGAAUUUCCUUUCAUAUCCUACUACGUGAUAAACACGACCCAAACGGAUCCUUUACUGUUUUAUAAUAAUAUGAGAAGUGCCUCUUUGUCGAAGUUCGAUCCAAAAACCAUAAGGUAUUCGGCAGCUCAUACGUUGGACUUGUACAGUGAAGUCGCGAUGAUCUGCAGACCGCCCUUCAACGAUCUCGCCGGUGGACCGAAGAAGUCGCACACAGCGACCACGGGGUUCAUCAUCAGUGUUUACAAGGUCUUCGAGGGCGAUGAUGGCGAACGUUUCGAACGCAACUGGUUGUAUUGGACGGGAGCGAGGAUGUUGUAUCGGCAUCUCCCACAUUCCGUGGGCAUGAGAAAGAUAGCCUUACACAAGUCAGUGGCCGCUCACGGCGACAAGAUGUACCUGUUGGUCUGCGAGUGCGCCAACUUGUUGGACGACCUGUCCGGUGCGGCCAUGUUGAUAACCGCGCUGCGAGCCCGCCUCUGCGGCUACACGGGGCUGUACAGACCAAUACAAACUUUUUAGUGCAGAUUUUAAUCUGCGGCCGGUCCGUUAUUGAUAUAUUUUGACAGGUUGUUUGAUGAAUACGUGUAUAUUUUAUCUGUUGCCAAUUACAACUGAGAGAGAGCUGGACGAUUGAUUUUUUUUGGUGAAUGUGGAUUUUAACCAAAACUGUGUACUGCAUGGGGUGUAUUUUGACUGUGUAAUUCUAAAUGAAAGAAAAUUUACAUCGAUCAUAUAUCGGAUAAUAGGAUAUUUUUUUUUUUAACAAAUAAAAAUCCCUUGCGAGAGUUGCCGUCUUAUAACAGAUAUUACCGAAUUCACUUUGAAUUAAUCAGUCUUCCAUCGAUAUUGUAAUUUUAACUUUACAAUAAAUAAGGUUGGUUUGUUUGUACGUUCAACUAUUUUGACUUCACUCCACCCUACAUAUCUCUAGAUACAUAUCACAACACAAAAUAAUGGAAUUAAAACAAUUGCUGAAACCCAGUCCUUCUUCAAAUCUAGUUUUCGAUAAUCAAUGGUCGGAUCUCGUACAUACUCUCGAUAUAACUUAAAAAUUCUGUAUAAUUACAAAAUGGCGACAGGAGUAACUGAAUUAAGGGAAGGUAAUUUUGUAAGAAAAGACAAUAUUGGUCCAAUAACGGUGACACAACGAUUAUGAUUUUUAAAUAAAACCAAAAACAAUAAGCGAAUAUUAUUGUCUAUACGCGUCAUAAGAAAAAGGGACAUAUAGAAAACAAUAGGUUUAUAAUUAUUUUUUUUAAUCUAUGAAUCCUUUUUUCUAAUGGCGGCUGAAUUCUUGUCAAAGGUGACAGUGGAAGCGGCCCAAAUAUUAUUUAACAAGUAAGCUUUAUAGUGAUUAGUGUUGAUAAAUUUUAAGCGAAAGUAAAAUAAAACCCUAUUUAUAAUUACUAAUAAAUAAAAUAAAUUUCUUCACUCAAAUUAAAUUUAGUGCACUACGAAUUAAAACUUGCGCUGCGAAUAUUUUGCGCGGGUGCCUAAUAUUUUAAAAAAGAAAUUAAACGCUUGAUAGAAAUUUAUAGUAACUUUCCCAAGUUGAGGAUGAGUACAAAAGAAAAGUAUUUUUGAUGUAGGUAGCCGAAUUGAAAUCUACGGUUGGAUUUUUAAUGUGUUCAAUUAAUUCUAUGAAGUGUUGUAGCUGGAAUGUUGGCAGGUUGAAAAUUGUCUGUGCCUACUUUUCUAGCCUACCUCGAUAACAUACUAGAUUAUCGAUGUUACUAUGAAAUAAUUUUUAAGAACUUUAGUAACGAACACGUUAGAAUUACUGAAGUUGUUUAGGACACUUUCAAAUUCUUCUUAUUAUAAAUAGCUUAAGGGGCAGUUUCACCGGUUUGUAUUUUGUUUUUUUUUUAUGACGACAGUUUUUUAUGUUUGACAUUUAACGUCAUAUAAAAUUAGCCUGACACGUUUCUUCAUUUCGCAUAUACAUAUUCCGUUGAUUUAUUGUGAUCAAUAAAACAGCAGCCAAACGAAAAAACGAACACAUUCAUGUAUUUCAAAUAAAUUUUAUAUAAAUAAGGCUAGUUAUGCACCAAGUUGAAAACAUUUUGAAUGAAGAAUAGCGUAGCAUUUAAAUAGCAAAAUUGGGAAAUAUUAUAAAUUUGACCUAAACUUACCUGAUUUUAAUUUUUAUAACAUAAAUGGCUGUUAAUUCACCGUUUCAUCACAGUAUUACUUAAACAAAAGGAUUUUUUUAGUAACAUGCACUGCCAUUUUGUUGUACCUGUAGUUUUAUUUGAAUUAAAAAUAUGUAUUUUAACAUGAAUAUCACCGGAUUGUCAAUCAAUAUUACUCCUUAUAUAUGUAUGUUGUAUAACACACUUGGCUUUUCAAUUUCAUACAAAAUUUUAAAUUUGACUAUACUCUCUGCUUACCUCUGCUAAGGCGUUGUUUCAAAUAUUCUACAAUGUAUAAGGUUUACCUCAUAAAUCCAAAAUGUGUAAUAAUAUAUAUGGGAAUAAGGAGAAAAUUACUUAAUACUUAUUCCCACAUCUACUGUUGAUAUUAAUUUGAAUCUACAAUGAAUGGAUAAUAAACGAGUUGGCAAUAAUGUUGUUCCCAAAGCGAGGGUCAAUUGUACCAAUUUAGAUUUUAAGUGCAAAAUAGUUUUAAAUAUUUAGCUUCAAAAGCUAGUUUCUUUAUGGGCAGAGCUCUUACAUAGGAAUGUAAAUUUGAACUAUUUUUAUAUUAAAGAAUGAAAAUUAA